AUAUUGUACAAGACGCGUACAUCGCACAUCAGCAUAUGGCAUACGGCAGCAUACGUAUAUUUCAUACGUCCAUGCAACGUACUCAGCUGCGGUCGCAUUCGUAGUCGGCGGUGUCCACUGUUGACGUGUCUCCACUUCAUCAAGUGUCGUACUAGCGUUAUCCAUGAACUGAAUCUCGCCGAGCGAGAAUAGCUGUCAGAUUGCGCGCGCACGCACGCACUUACGUACGCAAGAAAGCGAGAGAAUCGCGUUGUUAACGACAGCCCGACGGAGGCGGCGACGAUCGAGGAAGAGUCUCGUUGUGAAAGUGGAAAAAAUAUUGUCCAUCCUUUUUCUUUUCACGUAAGAACAAAGGAUAUACGCCUGCCUGGUAUAUACAUGAGGAACUCUCCGUGCCGAUGAAACCUUCGAUCGCCAGCAAUGGAGCCCGAGGAGCCUCUGAUGCAAGGGAUUCUGCUGUUACCACCGCAGGGAAUGCUAGGUCAACUCAAGAAAACAUGGCACAAAAGAUUUUGCCAGCUGUUCAGAACGAGCAACUAUGGAAUCAAACGCGUCGAGAUCUACGAUAAUCAAGAGGAAGCGAUAUUACAGUCCCACUCUCCACGCAUCGUCACACUAGAUGCUUGUAUAAAAAUUGCCCCCAGCAAUCAAUCGCAUGUUUUUACUGUAGUGACUAAAUCGGGAACACAUUACUUUGGCUGUUAUUCGGAAAAUGAGAUGACUCAUUGGAUUACAGCAUUCCAAUUGGUCGCUUUCAAAGAUAGUGUAUCAAAUCAAACAAUAGAAGAAAACAAUGAUCUGUAUUGCACUACUGGAGAAGGUGUAUUUUCUGUGAAAGUUGUAGAAACGGAUGCAUCUAAGCGAUGUGGACUCGAAGCAAGAAACUAUACAUUAGUAAUUGCCACUGUGGAUAUGAAAUUGAUGGACGGUGACAGUGUGCUAUUCACAUGGCCAUAUAAGUAUAUUAGAAGAUAUGGAUACAGAGAUGGAAAAUUUAUCUUUGAAGCUGGAAGGAAAUGUGAAUCUGGUGAAGGUUCCUUCCGCUUGGAACAUAGCAGUCAGCAAGAGAUCUUUCGAUGCAUGUAUUCGAAAAUGAGAUCUAUGAAAAAGCUAUUAAACGAAGAGAACAAUCCAAACAUAGAAUACAAUGACGCUCAAUAUCAUGCAGCUUUGUCCAUGGAAGCUGGCUCCAGAGCGGCCUUACCCCCCUCUCCAAAUAACUCUAGCAAUCUAAUCGACAUAGAUUUUCCUAUGCCGCAGAGUUCUCAAAAACCAUUGACUUCAUCAUCGAGUAUAGAUUCUGCCAUCUCAUCAAACAAAUCGAUAAAUAAGUCUAAACCUACCAAGCCACCACGAAAAUAUUUUGGUAAUCUGCUGGAGAAGAAGAAUCUCGACUCGGAAUUUCUAGAUUUACCCACGUGCGGGGAAUACAGAACAUUAAGCCAAGCUAAUUCGCCAGAAUUGUCUCACAAGUCCAUAGGUGGUGUUAUACGUGAGGAAGAGGAGAAACACUCGUAUGACCUAGUAGAAAUAAGAAACGACGCGUGGAAAACGCAUGGCAUUGAUAGCGUGCAUCACACUGAGAGGGUAAAUUCGAGUUUACCCGGGGAACGAGAUAAAGAGAACGAUAACGAUGAUUUACAAUACGAGAUCAUGAUGCCGAUACGGAAUCAUGAUGCGCCAUUCCAAAAUUCGUGCAAAAGUAAGGGCGGUGAUUUCACACCGUCGGUGAUACAAAAUAUCACCAAGACAGACGAGUCGGAUUAUGACAAGUUGGAGCACUUUGGAUCCGCAAUGAAACUCGGUCCGAAAUCUACAUACAAGUAUACGAAUUCCUCGCAAAGCAUACAUUCCAAUAUAUCUCAUGGGGAAAGUUCUAAUCUUAUUAAUCCGGCGUGGUCCAAUUACGAUAUCGUCGAAGAUAUGUCUGCCGUUAGAUUAGCCGACGAUAGUCAUCUGGGUUACGGAAUUAUCCGGAAGAAACCGGAUCCUUCCGAGACAAUUUCCACCAGUGGUAAUUUCGCGAGUAGUCCACAACAUAAGGUUUUUAACAACAGCGAAUACGCAAUUGUAUCGAAGCCAAAAAGGGUAUAAAAUACCCAAACGUUCGAAUAUCCUUUCAAAGUAUUACGAACGCGCGACAAAUUGUCUUUAAACUUACGUUUCCAAAAUUCUUGUUCACUCUUUUAUAAUUAAUUGUAAGAAUAUGAAGAAUAUGCUAGUCUGUGCCUGUGUGCAUCCUACGUGGCUCGAGUAAAUUUAUUUCUCGCUUUACAAAAUUGCAUUGUAAAAUUAUUAACUUAUAUAUCGCGAAACGAUACAAAAAGAUGCAAUUCCUUCUGCCCGGUAUGUUUAUUCGCUUUCUAUAUCUAGCAUUUAUAGAGAUGGAGAGAAAAAAACCUAGUCUUUUUAUUAAAAAUUUAAACAUUUAAAACUUCCACAAUUGUGUCUUUGUACGAGAGAUUUUAUUCUAUUAUUGAUUAGGAAGGCUCAGUGUGAUUAAGAUUUUAUCUAAUUGCAGUCGACUGAUUUAUGAAAAUACAAUGUGUAAUGCUUUACAUA